AUGAAAAAUGCUAAUUGCCCGGCGGAACUUUCAAGUCUUGUGCACCUGGGGGGACCGCACCAAAGUGACUACAAGAUGGAGCCAACGUGGACCAUGCAGGACUCUGGAGGAGAGCAAGGCCUGGAUGGCGGGCAUCGUUCCCAUACCGUCAAUCCUACAGAGAUCGCCGAGAAACACUGGAAAAUGGCAGGAGUCGUUACGCUAUUGCCUACCAAUUUCAAGCUCGAAGACGAGGUCGAUGACUGCGUGCGCGGACCCAAUGACCCAUACAAGGCCGUCGAGCUUGGCUAUCUGUUUUUGCCGGAGGUUUGGGGGAAGGGUUUCGCAACUGAAAGCGUUCGGGCCGUGCUCGAUGCAUACCGGCACAAUGUGACUACUGACUCGCUAUACCCUACAGAAAUCCAGGCCAACGCACAUGCCCAAAAUGUAGCAAGUCGGCGUGUGCUCGAAAAGAGUGGCUUCAAGGAAGUUGGCCGGUUUGACGGUGAAGCCUGCCUGCCGCUAGUGGAUGGCGCGAAGAAAUACACCGUGGUACACUUCCGCGCGUAG